CCGCCAAUCUGCAAAAAGAGACAGAGGGCUCUGGAAGAACCUCACUCCGUCACAAUUGCCCACGUACGAGUGAAGUCAAAGAUCAAAAUCCAUUCAUCUAAAAAGUUAAAACACCCACAAACCCUCCACUGAAAUCUGUCAAAACCCUAAUCAAGAUCAAUACGGCCUCAGAUAAAACCUUAAACAUGGCUCUAAGAAUCAAUCUUUUUCCCUCAAAUACCCUCCCCCAAACCCCAAAGUUGUACGCCUAUCCCACUCCCACCAUCGCCAGACCUAAAUCCCAGAUCCAAUGCGGCACCAACAACAUCGACAUCAGCGAUGCAGAACUGGCCUCAGAUUUGGCGACGGAGGUGGCAAAGCUAAACUCCCAUUUGGUCCAGAAAGAAGAAGCUAUGAAGAAGAGCAAAGAGCUGUUGUUCGACCAGUUUUGCCAGUUUCUGGAUUUGAAAGAAGAGGAGGUGAAGAAUAAAUGGAGAACAAAGAUGAGUGAAGAAGAGAAAUGGGUUGUGGUUAAUGGAUUUGUUAGCGAGUGGAGUGUGAAUUUCCAUCCGUUGUCUGCAAGGUCUGUUAGAGCAAUGAUUGAGGAGUAUUUACAUGAAGGGAAGGCGUCGCCGCAGCCUUCUCCUUCGAUUUUGUUUCGUGGUUUGAGGAGAAUAAUGGGGUUUUCACAGAACAAGUGAAUAGAAGAGAUUGGGAAUGUUGGGGCAUAUUUAGAAAGUUUUUCAAUUGGGAUUUCAGAUGUAGGGUUUUGAAUUUCAGUUGUUCAUUUAAUUGAUUAUUAUUAGUUUAUUAAUUACUUCUUAAAACUGGUUUGUAAGAUUAGUUAGUGAAAUUCUUAUUAUUUGCGAAA